GAGCCAUCAAAAUGGCGGCGCUCGGGCAUGAGGUUGGGGCUAAGUUGGAUUCAGGUGUGCAGCCGGUGGGAGCUGAGGAAGCGCCCAAGGAAAUACAACACUAUUUCCAAAAUAAGCUCAGUCUUUCAAGAGAAACUGAGGAUAGAGAUGUCAAUAAGUAGCCACUGUUUCCACUUCCCCAUCUGAAGAACUAGUAGGACAACUACAAAGGGCCUGACUACCUUCAUGGAAUCAGGAGAGGGGAAAACCGUAAGGAAAACAGAAACAGUAUCAGGAUGUCAUCCUUCUACACUAAAUCUUAAGGAUGUCAAGAUGACAGCAUAUACGCAUGGUCAGCCCAGUGCUUUUCUAGAAGACGUAAAACUCAGAAGAUCAAUGAUCAUAGAAAUCAUAGAAAAAAAAUUUGAAUGUCUUAAAAAAGAAAUAAUACCAAAUAUAUAUCCUAUGACAUUGACUGGAACAGCAGCUGGUUGCACUGGAAUAUUCGCAAACUUCACGUUCAGACACACCUUCAAGGUCAAACAUGAUGCUUUGAAGACAUAUGCAUCAUUGGCUACAGUUCCGUUUUUGUCUGCUGUGGUUGCUCACAAGCUUCUUGUAAUUGAUGCUUUGUAUUCAGAUAAUAUAAGCAAGGAAAGCUGUGUUUUAAGAAGUUUACUGAUUGGCAUAGUAUGUGGUGUUUUACAACCCAAUUCUUUGGCUUUUGUUAAAAAUGGACGUCUGGCAACCAAGUAUCAUACCAUUCCACUGCCACCAAAAGGAAGGGUUUUACUCCACUGGAUGCUGCUUUGUCAGACACCAGUUAAAUUAAUGCCAAUUCCUAUAGUCUUUCAUAUUGCGAUUGGAGUAAUUAGUAGUCUACGCUACUGCACAGUAUUUGAAAACACACUUGAGAAAACUGUACCUGAAGAGUAACCAAAAAAAUGAAUGGUUGCUAAAUUAGCAGAAUGAAGUUUUUGUCAAGUGGACUCGGGCAUUGCUGAAAUUGUUAAAAGUAACUCUGAACAAUUUGUUUCUGUGACUUUUACCUGGCAUAUAGCAAAUACUCGAUACAUAUUCAAUAUGCAAUCAAUAAAUAAAAGUUUCAACUUACAUGUAAGAUUAAGUUUUAUCUCCUCAUGGUAUGUCCAUUUUGCCUAGUAUAUAACAGAUAAUAAAUAUUAAGUCUUUCAGUAAAUGUAAA